UUCCCAUUGGGACAAAGGAAUAAACCAGAAGCAUAAACACCAAAGUUUAAGUGUGAGAGUUGGAGUUUUUGGACAACUAUAGACAGUUAGCAGAAUCUAAGGAAAUGCAAUGCAGCUUAGUUGACAUCGCCACCUUGGUUAAUUCUAAGUGUUUUGUCGUUGUUGCACCCUUGUAUGCUAUAAUCCUCCUCUUUACAAUCCCUUUGCUUGGGCCUUAGACCCCAAAAGUUGAGCUAUGGGUUCCUCUCGCUCACGUGCCUCUGCCACCGCCAAAGAACGCCUACGUUGGACACAAGAACUCCAUGAUCGCUUUGUGGUGGCUGUAAAUAGACUAGGUGGCCCUGAUCGGGCAACACCCAAAGGUAUAUUGAAAGGAAUGAAGACUAUGGGUAUUUCAGAGCUAAGCAUUUAUCAUGUCAAAAGCCACUUGCAGAAAUACAGGAUCUCCAAAUUGAUUCCAGAGUCCUCCACAAGAGGAAAACUUGAGAAGAGAAGCAUAUCAGAUAUACUUCCAAAUUUUAGCUCUAUAUCUGCUCUUCAACUAAAGGAACUGCUUCAAAUGCAGAAAGAGGUGCAAAAUCGCUUGGCUGAUAAAACACAGGUUCAGAGAAGUAUGAAGGAAAAAGUUGAAGCACAAGGAAGGUACAUGGAGAGACUUGGACAAAGCAGUGAGAUGAAAACAAUAACUGGAAAAACAUGCAAGCCUUUUGCUUCUUCUGCAACUGCACCUCUGCCUUCUCUUUCUGAGGAAUCCGAAUCACAGAAAUCACAAAGUGAGAAAGAGCAUGAAUCAGUCAAAAAGCAAAGGAUUUCAGAAGAGGGUGUUUUUCCAUUAAGUUUUGAACAUGCAUCAUCCACCCCACCAGAAUUCUACAACCAAACAUGGAAUCUUCCUUGGAACCAGCUUGCAGCAGCAUGCCUAUCAACUUUGGAUCCCAGUUUCAUAUUUUGAGUUUUCUUUGUUAAUAAUGUGUUUGCCUAAUAAAAGAAUGAUGAUGUUCAUCUUACUAUAAUGUUUGGUGUAUCUGUGUCAUAUAGUGUUGGAAAAAUAAAUAAAUAAAAGUUUGGGGUUGGCCAGAA